CAGGAAAGUAACGAGUGGUUUUUGUUCGUGUGUUCGGUUUUAACGGGACUCUGUGCCGGUUCUAGUUCUUCUGCAGGAGGAUGAAGACUCUGCUGCUGCUGCUGCUCUUCAUCAACGUUUCCCAGCAUGCCCUGGCUGUGGUGAUGGAGGUGUAUGCAGGAGAAAAGUCCAUCCUGCUGCCCUGUCAGUUCUCAGGGUUUCCACCUGAGGACGAUCCUGCAGUGAUGUGGACUCGCAGUGAUCUCGAUCCCAAAUCUGUCCACCUGCUCCAAAAAGGAGGAGAUGAUCUUAGAGGACAGAACCAGCAUUACAGCGGACGCACAUCAGUGAGGUCUGAUGCUCUUAAAACUGGAAAUUACAGCCUCACUCUGAGGAACCCACAACUGACUGACAGCGGCAGCUACACCUGCUCCAUCACUGAUGGAAGACAAGAAAAGAUACUGAGAGACUUACAGUUGCAGGUCAAAGACCAGCAGGUGAAGGUGAAGGUGGAGGAAGGCUCAGAGUCUGUCAUCCUGCCCUGCAAAACACCACCUGACCUGCCCGAGGACACCAGGGUGGUGUGGACUCGCUAUGACCCAGAACUCAUGGUGGUCCAUGUGUAUUCAAACAGCAGUAACAACCCUGAAAAUCAGCACUGCCAUUACUUCGAACGCACAAAGAUGAACGACCUGCUGAGAACUGGAGACCUCAGUCUGACCCUGAAACAGCCCACACAGAGAGACACAGGAGGAUACAUCUGCACCAUCUACAGGGACAAAGACAUCCUGAGACAGAAAGUAGUGCUGCAGGUCAAAGAACAAUUUCCAUCCUGGGCCAUAGCUCUCCUGGUUCUCCUGGUUCUUUUUCUUGUGGUUUUUGGAGGUCUUUUAUUUAAUUUUCGUCAGUAUUUCAUGUCAGUUUACAAGGUGGAGGUGGACUCAGGGGUGGAGUCUGUCCAGCUGCCCUGCAAGACCAGAGUUCGCCUGCUGAAAGAUGCUAAAGUGGAGUGGAAGGACAGAAAGAACAGGAAAGUCCACGUGUAUCAGAGCGGCUCUGACCAGCCUGAAGAACAGGACCAGGAAUACAAAGGACGAACGAAGAUGAAGAGAAAACUGCUGAAACCUGGAGACUUCAGUCUGACCCUGAAACACCCCUCAUCCUGGGACAGAAACGUCUACACCUGCACCGUCUACAACAAGGAUGGAAAGAUCCUGAUGAAGAAACAGGUUUUGCUCCAUGUCAGAGUCUUACCGGUGAAGGUGGAUUCAGGGGUGGAGUCCUUCCAGCUACCCUUCAAAUCCACAGUUCUUCUGCCUGAAGAUGCCAAAGUGGAGUGGAAGAAUAAUUCAUACAGGACAGUCCAUGUGUCUCAGAACUACCAUGAUCAGCCUGAGGAGCAGGACCAGUCAUAUAAAGACCGAACAGCAGUGAAUAAUGGCCUGCUGAGAACUGGUGACCUCAGUCUGACCCUGAAACACCCCGUAAACACAGACAGAGACACCUACACCUGCACCGUUUACAGUGGGAGGGGGGGAAACAUCCUGAUGAGGAAGCAAGUGGCGCUGAAUGUCAAAGUCCCCCAGGUGGAGGUGGAGUCAGGGGCGGAGUCUAUCAAGCUGCCCUUCACAACCACCAUUAGUCUGCCUGAAGGAGCUAAAAUGGAGUGGACCAAUGUACAUAGGAUGGUCCACAUAUAUCCAGAUGCUGCUGACCAAGCUGGACAACAGGACAAACAUUACAGCGACCGAACAGAGAUUGAUGACGACUGUCUGACCCUGAAAUACCCCACAGACAACGAUGAUGGCACCUACACCUGCACCGUCUACAGCAGGGAGGGAAACAUCCUGCUGAAGAAACAAGUGGAGCUGAAGGUCAAAGUCUGUCAGGUGGAGGUGGAGGUGGAGGAGGGGGCGGAGUCUGUUCAGCUGCCCUUUCAAACCACAGAAAACCUGCCUGAAGGCACUAAAGUGGAGUGGUGGCGUAAAGACCCCAAACCAUCAAAGAAGGUCCACGUGUAUCAGGAAGGUCCUGAAGAGCAUGAAGAACAGCACCAAGAUUACACGAACCGAACGAAGAUGAAUGAAGACCCUCUGACAACUGGAGACCUCAGACUGACCCUGGAUCAGCCCAAAGAGGGAGACAGUGGAGAAUACAGCUGUAAAGUCAGCAGCAGUGAGGAAAACAUCUGGUUGGCCUACAGAUACAAAACAGUUGUUCUUACAGUUAAAGGGAGAGCUCAGGUCCAGGAUCAAACAGAAGAAGCUCCAUUCAUCCAACUCCAAUCAGUUUGAUCUGUUCUUUGAUUAUUGAUCAGUGAUGUCAGAGUGGAGUCAGUGUGAUGUUGUUGUUGUGUGUUUGAGCCUUUUAGUGUCCAUGAAGUUCUCUGCUGCCGUAGAUCCUCUGAGCUAUGACAGAGGUCUCACUCUGGAGGAAACUCUGAGCACUUUCCAGCAGCUCCUCCAUCAUGGAGGACGUUCCUCACUGUGGGAAGGUAAGGGAAAGAGGAGAGGAGGGACAGGUGGAGGAGAGAAGGCAGCUGACCUGUCAUGUAAAGAUGGGACCAAAUUGGAUGGGAAUAUAGCAAUAAAUAAUAAAUAAAUAUAGCAAUACAAUCUGAACUGUGUGGACAAAAAUGAAAUGUCAUUGGUGUUUUAGAUUAAAUAUAUUUACUCAGGUUACUGAUGGGCUGAGUGAUAAAUACCACCUGCACACAGUAAACUGUUAUUAUAAUGUAAUACGAGGCAGUGGAGCAUCUGUGUGUCAGUGUUUUCAGGGUGAUGUCACCUCCAGCCAAACAUGCUGCAGCUGCUUUAUGUUAUUAAGCAGCAGAAACACAGGGACUGAUAAACCAACCACAUCUGCAGCUGGAUUAGAUGGAACAAGAAAUCUUCAUUACCAUCUUUUAAUUCUUAAGUGGUCUUCAGUGACAGUUGUGCAGCUUUCUGGAGUCCUUCUUUGGACAUUGGCUGCUUUUUCACUCAUUUUCAGUCCACUCCUUCUGACCACUUUCAGAGGAAUGUUUUUUGUUUAAGCCACUUCACUCUGACGUAUGACUCAUUCAAGCAUAAAAAAAAGCCCAAAGAGCUGUCAGCUGAAAGCCUGAGAUUUCUCAGCACAGAGUGCAGAUCUGAGCAAACUGAAAAAGCAAAGGGAGCAAAGUGCAGGACAAAAGGAGAAGUGAGAGGCCUGAAAAGAGAGCUGAUCCAUCUGUUUGUGGACUCAUUGACAGCUCCUCAGGAUAAAGCUGGUUUUCUUGUGCAGCUUUGUCAGUGUUGGAGAGAAGGAUAAGAAUAUACAGGAUCUUUGUUUGUGGGCCACUAGCAGGCAGAUUUGUAUGAGACUGUUCGGGGCUGGACUUGUCCCCAUGCUUCCUCGUGUUUACCGCCUGGGCUGCCAUCUGAAAGUGUGGAAACCUGCAGCUCAAUGUGGCAGGAACCCAGUUUUGCUGCACAGCUUACUCUGCUGGACGGACGCUGUUCCCAGCCCUGCUGCACAUGACCCGGAGGCUCCCUCCAUCUAAAUGAUGGUAAUUAACAUGUUAUGGACUCUUUUAACUUUGUUCAUGUAUCUGGGUCUGCCCACACUGCUGGACAUACUUUGGACUUGGUCUUUAGUUAUGGUGUUACCUGUGACCAUCUGCACAUAAGUGAAGUUGUCUUCAGGGACCAUAAAUCAGUUUCUUUUAAUGUUUCCUUUAAUCCGGAAUCUUUUCCCCAUCUAAUCCAGCUGCAGAUAUAGUUGGUUUAUCAGUCCCUGUGUUUCUGCUGCUUAAUAACAUAAAGCAGCUGCAGCAUGUUUGGCUGGAGGUGAAGUUACCAAGCUAGUCCUGAAAACUGUCCCCUUAGAAUUAUAAGGUUCUAUCUGCAUUCUGACCAGUGUUAAGAUAUUAAAUAAUAGAAACUUAAGCGUAGACGUUUUAUUGAUGAUUCUAUUUUAUCUGAGUUUUCUUCUCUUUUCAAUUUUUAGCUCAUCCUGGAGAUAAUGUUGAGCUCCUUGUUAACUCUUUUAAUGAACACCAUUCUCAAUCAUGUUGCUCCUUUGAAAACUAGUCAUUGCUCUGUCAGUGCAGCCUUUGAUACCAUGGAUCAUAACAUUUAACAGGCUUAGGGUUUUGGCUGCUAUCUCUGGCUCAGCACUAGACUGGUUUUCCUCGUAUUUAUCAGAUAGGACGUUCUCUGUUAGGACCAGCAAAUUUAGUUCCACCAUUGCCUCCCUAAACUGUGGGGUCCCACAGGGUUCAGUCCUGGGUCCAUUAUUUUUCUUUUUACAUGCUCCCUUUAGCUGGCUUCAUUCAAACUUUUAAGUUAAUUUCUUACCAUUUAUACACUGAUGACAUUCAGCUCUAUAUGUCUUUAAAGCCCCAGUAGCUGGAUAGGUUGUCCACCCUAGUCCAGUGUUUAACCCGGAUCAGUGAGUGGCUCUACAGUAAUUACCUUGUUUUAAAUGCCAAUAAGACUGAGACUAUGAUGAUAGCCCCUCCUGAUCUAUAGCUGCAAAUCAGUCAGGCUCUUGCCUCUUUUUGUCCCACCACUAAGUCCAGCAUCCGUAAUCUUGGUGUAAUAAUCGAUUCCUCUUUGAGCUUUGACUCAUGUCAGAUCUCUGUCUCCGUCCUGCUUCUUUCAUUUAAGGAACAUCUCUAAGUUACGACAUAUGGUCUCCAAGGCUGAUCUGGAAAAAAUAAUUCAUGUAUUUGUGUCUUUGUGUUAAGAUUAUUGUAAUGUCCUGUUUACUGGCUUGGACAAAUCAUCUCUUUAAUGUCUCUAAGCAAUACAAAACGCUGCAGCCAGAUUAUUAACACAUUCCAGCAAGCAAGCGCACAUUACUCCGAUUUUACAUUCCUUACAUUGAGUCCCACUUAAUUUUAGGAUUCAUUUUAAAACUUUCAUUUUCACAUACAGAACAUUAAACAGCCAGGCUCCAGCUUCUCGUAAAAUAUACUGCUUCUCACUGUCUUUGUUCGCAGGCUUAGAAUUUGUUAGUUGUUCCCCGCAGACCACUAAGGACUGGCGGGGGGGCUUUCAGUCAGUGGCACCAAGGCUGUGCCACUUGUGCUCCCUAACUUGAAUUAUUAGUUUUUAGCUAUUAUGGUGUUUUAUUACUGUUUUUGUUUUGUUUUGCAUUUAGCAUGUACAGCGCUUUGUGACUGUCUCUGAAAAGCCUUAAAUAAUCAAAGUUUACUUACUUACACACACGAGAAAGAUCAGAAAAUUUGAACAACUGAUUGCCAAAACUUUUGUCCCUCUUUCUCCAGCAGCAGUAACCACAGUUUGGUCAGAGCUCUGCUAACAGAGGCGUUUAAAGCUGGGCGAUAUAUUUGAAAAGCCUUCCACUGUACUUAUGAUGAUCCUGAUAUAUGACUAUAUCAUAUUUACUGAAUGGAAAUUUAUGAAAUAAUAAAUAAAAGAAGCACACAAUGAGCAGCAUGGAGGCGUUAUUGGAAAUAAACAGGUUUGCAUAUAGAAAAUAACAGCUGUGCCAUUAAAACCACCUUUCUGUGGACUGUUUGUAUAUUAAAGCUGUGAUGGAUAAAGAACCAAAACUGGACUUCAUUUAUACAAAUGCAAAGAUCCAAACUCUCUGAAAUGCCUCGUACUGUGUUUGUGUAUGUUUAUGUGUAUUUGAGUACACUGUGAUAUU